AUGUGCCAAUAUCUACAUUGCCUGCCAGCUCAAAAAACGAAAUGCCCAACAACGCCAUCAGGACAAGUUCUUCUUAGCAGCCAUGCUACAACAGCAGCAGCAGCUGUUUCAACUGCCACACAUUAUUGUCGUCAUAAACACAAACCAGAAAAACAAGAAUUACAACAACAACGACAGAAACCUAGUAUACGUUCCACCAAAAGCAGCACCCACCGCCAAUAUCAAAAACAGCAAAAACAAAAACAAUCCAAUUUCCUACAACAAUUACAACGCACAUUAGCCAAAAUGUUUGUUGUUAGUGGCCGCCCUAGUGGUUCCUCCAGUCGCAGCAGCACCACUUAUCUGUCACUAUUAUUGCUCAUCUUUAGUUUUUGGGCCGUUGUGAUUGAUGGCAGCAAUGGCCAUACCAUACAUCCGGCCGAGUCACACAACUGUCAACAUCAUCAUCCCAAGGCUCAUGAGGUCGUUCAUGGUGUACAAAUCGAAACUGUUGAAACUCCAGUGGAUGAAUUGCAAAAUUUACAAGAAGAAGAGUCUACUUCUGGCAAGGUGACGACAGCGACAAAAACAACGACAACACAAUCACAUCGUUCGACAAGACAUAAACGCAGCAUUGAAGAGCGCCCACUACGUAUAUCACUUAUAUAUGAUAAUUCCGUUAUUGGCUUGGACACGGAUAAAUUUAUUCUGAUCAAUGACACUGUACUGCCAGAGGCAAUUAAAUUUUGGGAACAAGCGUUAAUGGUGCGACAAACAAAGGGACCUAUAAGAUUAAAUAGAAAAUGCAACAGCACACAAAUCUAUGUUAAAAAUGGUCAAACCCACUGUAUAGACAACUGCCGGCCGGUGACCAUGUGUGGUGAAGUUCAAGUACCCGAAGAUCAUUUGGAUGUUUGUCGCGUCUGUAAUGCCACUGGACAAAAUUGUCGUGUCGAUGAUUCGACACAAGCCGGUGAUGGUAUUGAAAAUACCGAUUUUGUAUUUUACGUCUCGGCACGGCAAACAGAACGUUGUCACAAGGGAUUGACAGUGGCCUACGCUGCCCAUUGCCAACAAGAGGCUACCCUAGAUCGUCCAAUUGCCGGUCAUGCCAAUCUUUGCCCCGACAGUAUUAGUACAAAACCUCAGGAAUUGCAUACACUGAUAUCGACAGUGAAACAUGAAAUACUUCAUGCUCUGGGUUUCUCGGUUAGUUUGUUUGCAUUUUUCCGUGAUGAUGAUGGUAAUCCGAGAACGCCAAGAAAUCCGGACACGGGGAAACCGCAUUUAAAUGAAGAUCUCCAAAUCCAUCAAUGGAGUAACACAACGAUACGCAAAAUAACACGUACGAAUUGGUCGGUCCGUGGUGGUCAUGUGAAUAAAACCAUUGAUAUGAUGGUUACGCCACGUGUUGUUGCCGAAGUCCGUAAACAUUUCAAUUGUGAUAAAUUGGAGGGUGCCGAAUUGGAGGAUCAAGGUGGUGAGGGUACCGCCUUGACUCACUGGGAGAAACGUAUUUUGGAGAAUGAGGCUAUGACUGGUACCCAUACCCAAUCACCAGUAUUUUCACGCAUUACCCUAGCAUUAAUGGAAGAUUCGGGAUGGUAUCGUGCAAACUACAGUAUGGGAAGUCCGCUGUCAUGGGGUCGUGGUUUGGGCUGUAAUUUUGUUAUGCGGAGCUGUAAGGAUUGGAUACAAUUAAAUAAUGCCAGAGGGCGCUCAAUACAUCCAUUCUGCUCAAAAGUCAAACAAGAUCCUUUACAAACUGAGUGUACAGAUGAUCGAAACUCGGUGGCAUUGUGUAAUUUGAUACGACACAAUUAUGAGUUGCCGGAAAAGUAUCAGAAUUUUGAUAGCAUUAGCAACAUAAAAGAUGGCGAUGAAGUAUAUUAUGGUGGCUCUGUGGCCUUGGCCGAUCAUUGUCCUUAUAUACAAGAGUUUACAUGGCGCAAUAAGAAUAUUACAAUACGUGGUUCCCACUGUCAUUUUGUGGAAAAUAAUCCAAAAGCGGAAAAGAACUACGCCCUCGAAAGCUAUGGCCAGGGAUCGAAAUGUUUCGAUCACGGCGAUGCUAUGUGGGAAGAACGCAAUUGCCAUCACACACGUGAAUGGCAACAUUGGGGCUCGGGUUGCUAUCGCUACAAUUGCAGCGAAGGUCGUCUACACAUUUUCGUUGGAAAUUACAGUUACACCUGUUAUUUCCCCGGGCAAAAACUAUCGAUAAGUAUAUCGGCUAAUGAUUGGUUACACCGCGGAGCACUCAUAUGUCCUUCAUGUGAAGAAAUGUGUGGUGAAUAUUUUGGUGCCCGCGAUGAAGAAUGUCGUUUGAGAGAGGAAGCUCCACCGCUAAAUAAAUAUCCUCGAGAUUAUCUACAAUGUGGUGCCAGUGCAUUGAAUGCUCUCAAUUGGUACCAUCAGCCAAUUGUUGUAGUUAUAGUUUCUAUAGCAAUUGUCGUGGUGACGGAUAGGCGACGAUAG